AUGUUCCUCAACUUCUCCUCCCUGGCGGAGGCGUACGUGUAUGCCACGUGCGUGCUCCUCGGUGUUUCGAUGCUCAUGCCGCUGAAUGCCCUCGUGUCGGCGCCCGCGUACAUGCUCGACUACUACAAGUACGCGACACGAAACCCGGAUGCGCAGCCGAACAGCCCCCUUUUCUGGAAUAACAUUUUUACCUUCUACAACGUGGCGUCAGUGGUAACGCAGGCAUUGGUGGGCCCAACGGUGCUGACCCCGUGGGCGCGCAAGCUCUCCCUUUCCUUCCGCUUCCUCAUGGCCCUGACGCUCAUGAUGUUGGAGGUGUUCGUGAUUCUGGUGAUUCCCACCGGGGGCGUGUCGCAGGUUGGCGCCAUGGCCGCCUUCUUUAUCGUGACCAUCGCGGCCGGCGUGGGCAAGUCGUACCUGGAGGCGACGUGCUACGCGCUGGUGGGUACGAUGCCGCCGAAGUUCAUGUCCGCCAUCAUGUUCGGCUGCGGCUUUUCCGGUGUUAUUUCCUCGACGCUGCAGUGCAUCAUCAAGGCAUCCAUGAAGGACACGUACGAAUCGGUGCUCCACCAGGCGUACCUCUACUUCAGCCUCUCUCUCGGCUUCAUGGCUGUUGCGCUCGCCAUGGCGCUCUCCCUGCGCUUCAACACCUUCGCGCAGGAGCACGUCGGCGAGUUCCGUGCCAUCAAGCGUGCCAAGGACGCCACGAAGGGCCUGGACGUCGAUGCGGCCAACAAAACCGCCGAGGGAGAAGUGAACGGCACCCUCAGCAGCAACCAGCAUCAACCCUUCGCUGCCAAUCCGGUGGCAAAGGGCAAUGACAUCUACGGCGAUCUCAUCGACGAGAAAGCUGACAUGGCGCGCCGAAAGGCCGAGGGCGCGGGCGGCUCUGACGAUCUGAGCGAGUGCGAAGAGGUGCGGGUGGUGGACCACCAGCCUGGCGACACCGGCAGCGAUAGCAACGUGGACGACCGAAACCUGACCACCUCGGAGCAGCUGCAGCGCACGCGCGCCUGGCCUGUGGCAAAGUUCAUCUGGCCUCUCAUGGCUGCCUGCUUCUGCAACUUCUUUGUUUCCCUGCUCAUCCUGCCGUCCCUUAUAAUCCCGGUCGACCGCACGGACAAGUGGUUUGCGACCAUCGCGAUUCUGCUGUACAACUGCGGUGAUGCGACCGGCCGCUGGCUAUCCUCAGUGAAGCUCCUAUGGCCCUCGCAUCGUGUGCUCUUCAUCAGCAUCGGGUGCCGCUUCAUCUUCAUUCCGCUGACGUUCCUGUGCAUCUACAAGUACAUCCCUGGCCACCCGGCCCCAUACGUGUUCUUUUCACUGCUCGGCCUCACAAACGGCUUCUUUGGUGCGAUGGCGAUGGUGUUCGGCCCGAUCGACCCACGCCUGCGCACGGAGGGCCAGCGUGUGAUGGCGGGUCAGAUGAUGGGUGUCUCGCUCCUCGCUGGUGCGUCGCUGGCCGCCGUGAUGGCGAUGGCAAUCGUGCCCUUCCUUCCCUAA